AUUUUCAUCCGUGGCAGCUCUUCUGCGGCACCUCCAGUGCUACCAGUGCUCAAAUAUACUCGCCGCCCACCAGUGCAGCAGCGCUCAACCGCUGUAAUAUAAUCACCCAUAGACCGCGCACAAAAAAAGCAUCAUGGCAGCCGCCCUCCGCUCCCUCCAAAAGCUCGGCAGCCUCGGCGUGGCGGCGACAACGCUGUCGUAUAACAAGCCGAGCGCCUGCGGCCAGCGGCGCCGCUUCGAGGGCAAGACCAUUGUUAUCACGGGCGGCGGCGGCACGUUCGGACGCGUCGGAGCUCGCUACUUCGCCGAGCGAGGCGCCAAAGUUGUUUUAGUGGACGUGAACCGGGCCGCCCUGGACCAAAUUCAUGAAGACGGCGUCACGACGUGCGCCUGCGACGUGCGAGACCCGGCGCAAGUCCAGGCCGUCGUCGACGCGUGCGGCCGCAUUGAUCUUCUGUGGAACAACGCGGGCUACCAGGGCGCGAUGAAGCCGUUGCUCGACUAUCCGGGCGACGAUUUUCAGAGAGUGAUGGACAUCAACGUGGUGGGGGCAUUCCAAGUGCUCCAGGCGUGUGCGAAAAACAUGGCCGCGCACGGUGGUGGUGCCAUCGUGCAGACGGGCUCCGUAGCUGGGUUACGGGGCACGCCGACGAUGGGCGCCUACGUCGCGUCGAAGGCCGCCAUCCACGGCCUGACCAUGACAGCUUCAAAAGAUCUGGCACCUCACAACAUAAGGGUGAACACGGUCAUGCCGGCUUUGAUCGGUCCCUCGUCCGGUUUCAUGUGGAAGCGCCAGAAUGAAUUACAUGCGGCGUCGGGGUCUCCUUACUUUGACCGGGAUCCAGCUGUGGUCGCGGCCAAGAAGAUUGGUGGCGUGCCCCUUAAAAGAUUGGGCGAGGUCGAGGAGGUCGUGGAAGCGGUUGCUUUUUUAUUGAGUGACGAGUCCGCGUAUAUCACGGGCACGUCUCUGGUGGUCGCGGGGGGGAUGGCUUAG